UUUCGACACCUCUAAUUUAGGAAGGGGCACUCUUUUCUUCUUCUGGUACGAUUUUAGGCAGCACGUUUUCUCUGCCGUCACCAUGCAAAUCUUCGUGAAAACCCUCACUGGCAAGACCAUCACCCUCGAGGUUGAGCCUUCGGACACCAUCGAGAAUGUGAAGGCCAAGAUCCAGGACAAAGAAGGUAUCCCCCCAGAUCAGCAGCGUCUGAUCUUUGCCGGCAAGCAGCUGGAGGAUGGCCGCACCCUUUCGGACUACAACAUCCAGAAGGAGUCGACCCUGCAUCUGGUGCUCCGUCUGCGCGGUGGUAUCAUUGAGCCUUCGCUCCGCAUCCUGGCCCAGAAGUACAACUGCGACAAGAUGAUCUGCCGCAAGUGCUACGCUCGUCUGCACCCUCGUGCCACCAACUGCCGCAAGAAGAAGUGUGGACACACCAACAACCUGCGUCCCAAGAAGAAGUUGAAGUAGACUAAAGAUCACAUCUGCUCCAAUUGGCUUUUUGCGCUCCCUCUGAGGAUAGAUCUUCGAAGUAAAUACAUGUACAUUUUGUAAAACAUCCGAAAAAUGUAAAAUUUAUUUCGCUACGAGGCGCAGCGCA